AUGCGAAUUCCUUAAGCUUACUAUGAUAGCAUGAUUAAAAGAUAUAAGAAAUCUAAACAAUGUGAUUAAACUGAUUACUCUUGGAUUGAAACAACCAAGAAGUCUUUUGUAGAAAGAAUUUAAGAUUUUGCAUAAUGCAAACAAUUGUAAGAUCCAAAGUAUAUACGAAUCAUUUGUGAAACAAUUGAUGCAAUAUUUGAAGCAGCAGUUGCCUUAUUUUAAGAUCAAGACCAAACCCUUUGUGUUCAAUUGCUAGGUGAAUCUGAUUCUAUUUAAAUUUGGGAUUUGUGUUUAUAGUGCUGUGAUUAUAUAAUCAAGUUUGCAAACCCAAAAAUAAGUAUUUCUAUUUUAAUAAUCUAAAGUUGAUAUGUUUUUUAGUUAUGAGCAUAUUUUGACACUAAUAUUUCAUAAUCCAGAUUAUGAAUUAUAAAAAAUAUAUAAAUUGGUGUAAUGCAUGUAAUAUUUGAUUGAAUAAAUGAAUGGAUCCAAAGCUUGUAAAUUUAAAAGUAUUUAUAUAUAAACUAUAAAUUUUAGUUGAACAAUUUGAAAGAGUUUUUUUAAGAUUCAUGUAUAUUAACACAUUUUUAUAAAAGAAUAUUUACAAUUUAUCAGAUUAGGAAUAUUAGGAAUUGUUUUAAUUAUAAACUGAUAAUUACAAUCUUAAAAUAACAAUCCCAAAUGAAGAUAUGAAUAAUUAUUAAAGAUUUUUGGAGAUGAGUAAUUUCAGAAAAAUACUUAAAUCUCCACCUAUAAAUUUAGACAUUUCUUUUGAUUAUACUAAAAAUCCAUUGGAUUAAAGUUUAUAGAUAGCAUCAGAAAUUAAAGUAUAAAAAGAUAGUAUUCUCUUUGAUUAAAUCUUUAUCAGAUUACUUUGUUAAUAUUCUAAUGAUGAACUAUUACUAUAGAAGAUGUUUAUCAGUAAUUAUAUAUUUCAUUUUAAAUGUACUUUUUCUGAUUUACAAUUAUUUAAUCAUAAAUAUAUGACAGAUAUUACUAAUAGAUUAAUAGAUCAAAAAGACUUUUUAUUUUUAUUAAUAAGAAUGAUUGCUAGUAAUAAGGAUGAAUCACUUAAUGAUACUCUAGUAGAAAGUCUUCAAUUUAUUAAAUCUAAGCAAAUAUAAUUAUAUGAACAUAAUACAUUCUUGGAUAAAUUAUGGUUAUUUGAAUUAUAAGGAAUUUAAGAUACAUUAAUUUGGUGGAAAAAAGAACUCUAAAUCAAUGAAGGUAAUUUCUAUGAUAAUAGAAUGAAUUUAAAUGUUAAAUUAUAACAAUUAUUCUUUUAAUCAUUAUCUGAUUAAUAAUUUACAUAAAUGUUCAAGAAAUAACCAAAUUAUACAUAAUGGAAUUUUAUAAUCAUUCAAAUUAUAAGAAAAUCUUUUGGAUAAGAUGGACAAACUUAAUUACCAUUCUAUAUAUUAAAUCCAAUUUUAAGUUAUUGUAUUAAUUUGAUCACUGAAUUACCAGGCAAUAAUCAAAAUCAAUAAUUAGAUUAUUAAUUAGAAACUUAAAUUAUUUAAGGAUUAAUAGAAAUUCUUAAGAAUUGUAAUAAAAAAUCAUAAAUUUAAUUAUAAAUCAGAGCAUUUCAAUUAUUAAAUUAAUUAAUUACAUACUAUAAAUUAGAAUUUGAUUAAGUAUAAAUUUAAAAUGCUUAAUCUGAAUUUUUGAUGCCAGUUCCUGAAAGAUAUCACAAAUUGCUUACAGAAAUCUGGUCAAACAAAAUAUUGGAAGAUACACUAAACACAGCUGAACUUAAUGAAACAUUAUACACCUAUUUAAUAACAUAAUUAGCUAUAACAAUGGGUGAGAAUCCAGCUAGAGUAAGAUAAUUUUAUGAAAACAAUAGUUUAUAAUAUCUUAUUAAUAGAAUUAUUGAAUUAUUAAAGAUUUGUUCAAGAGCAUCUCCUUUAAUCGUAACAAUAAUAAAUUUAUUGAUUGCAAUCAGUACAAAUGAAUAAGCAAUAUCAUUAACUUUAUAAUCCAAUAACAAUGUUGAUUAAUAAUAAUAAGAUAAUUUAAUUAAGAGAAUAUUUAUUAAGUGUUAUUUACCUUCAAUUGAAUUAUUAAAUGAUCCUUCAGUGAGUGAUGAUUUUGCAAAGAAGAUUAUUAUGUUGUAUAGUUAAAGUAUGUUAGCAAAAAAGUAAAUAGAAAAAGUAAUAGAAAAUACAUUUGUUCAAAUAUCAUAAUUAGUAGAUUUGAGUAAAGAUAAGAUAGAGGAAAUUGUGAGUAAUUAAGAAAAGUUAUAAUCCUUUUAUAGUUAUUCAAAAAGCUUACAAGCCUUAUUAUAAUUAUUUAUGUAAUUACAACCUGAGAAGAAAUCUUCAUAUCGAUCAUUUUAAGGAUAUGAAGAAUUAUAAUUAGAAGAAGCAUAGAGAUAAAAGGAUUUAUUAUUUAAUUCACUUUUGAAGAAUUAAAAAUUUGUAGAAGCAUUAGAAAAGAUAAUUAUGAGUCCGAUACUAAUAGGUAGUAAAAACAAGGAUACUUAUGUUGAACACUAUGUUGGUAUUUUGUGUAAGAAAAACAAGUUAAAUCCUUAUACUUCUUUAUGGAAGGAAUUAGAUCUAAUCAGUUAAAAUUAUAUGGUUAUAGGUGAUUAGAAGAUUAUUGAUAUUGGUAAAUUAGUUGAUUAUGAUGCUUUGUCUAUCCAUAUGAGUGACAAAUAUUUUUUUAGAAAAAUCAUCAAACAUAUAUCUCCUUAAACUUAUAGAGGAUUCUAUAUACUAAGUCGUUUCCACUUGAUUCAUUAUUUAAUUAAGAUGUGUGUGAAUUAGGGUGUAGCUUAAAAUUAAGAUACUCAUCUAAUGAUUUCUUAAUUGUUAGAAAUCUAUUUUUUAUCUUCAUAACAUGCAGGUUUUCAUGAAUCCAUUAUGAUGUUUAUGUCUGCUAAAUAAUAAAUUUAGAAACAUUAGACUAGUUAUGAUGAAGAUACAUAAAUAAGGAGAAGGAUAAGCAAAGAUAAUUUGAUUCCAUUAUAAUCAUCUUGUUUGGAUUUGAUAGGUAAAUUAUAAUAACAAGUUGAAUAAAAAGAUUAUGUAAUUAAGAAAUAUGGAGAAAUAACUUAAUUAUUCUUUCAAAAUUUCUAAGAAAAAUGUUAAUAAAUUAAAUAAGCUUAAGGAAUAUAAAUUAUAUCUCUUGUAACAUAUUUUUAAGAUAUGUUAAAAUCAUUCAAAUUCCUUUAGAAUUUAUUUUUGAGUUUAGAAUAAUAGUAUUAACCAUUAUAAUUUGCAGUAAUCUGUUUUCAAAAUAGUAAUUUCUUUUUAUAAUUGAUUGAGAUUCUAUAACAUUUGGAUAACAUAUAAAGACAAUCAUAAUUCAAUGGUACAAAAGAAUAAGAGAUUACUAGAAAGAUUUUACCAGGAUUUAUAGAAGCUAUUCAUUAACAUAUAGAUAAUAUUAUUAAAUUAUUAAUUUUUAAGAAGAUUACUAUUGAUAAGAUAUAAUUAUCUGGAUAAUUAAUUUAAGAUCCUUAAUAAUUAGAUAUAGUAUGCAAUGAACUUUUUGUAUCUUAAGCAUAAAUACUUAAUUCUAUGAUAGAUUUAUUACUUUACAAUAAUUGUGAAGGUAAUUUAAAGACUUUGUUAGAAUAAUUAAUAUAGAAGUUUUAUUCAAUCAAAGAUUUAUAAGUAUAGGAAAUGAGAAAGAUAGCUGGAACUGAAACAAAAGAAUAAUAAAUAAUUGGAAAUAAAGAUAUUAAUUAAACAUAAUCAGGAAAUGAAAUUCGAUAAGAAUAAAAGAAAUCAUUAUUUGAUAGACCUGAAAUUUAAGCAAUGAUUGAUGAUAUAUGUGAUAUGGGAUUCAAAUAAUCAUUGAUCAAAAAAGCUUUAUAAAGAAUUGAAAUUCCUGAACCUACAAUGAUAAUUGAUAUGUUAAUAAAUGAAAGGAUUUCUGAUGAUGAAGAAGAGUAGGAAGAUGUUUUAGAUCAAGAAAUAAAGAUGGCUGAAUAAAAUUAAUUGAUUUAAGAUUAAUUAGCUUAAUAAAUAUAAAAAAUAGAGAGUCAAAUAGAAAAAGAGUAAAUUUAGAAUGAAAUCUAAAUCUUAGAUUAAGAUUAAUUCAUGAAAAUAUUAUAAUAAAAUUUCCCAUAAGCAAAUACUUAAUUAAAUAUUUUGGAAAGGUUUUUAACAUUAAUAAAUGAUUUUUAAGUUAAAUUAGAUUCUAAUCUUAAUAAAAUAUUAGAUUAAUAAUUGAACAAUCAAAAAUUAAGUGGUAAUUUAUUAGAAUACUUAUUUACAAUUGCCAAAAAAUCAUAACAUAUAAACAAGAUUUUAGAUUAUAUAUUUAUGAUAUUGAAUCCUUUAAAAAAAGAAAAAUCAUCUUAAGAUUUAAAUACUACUAUGAUACAAUAUUAAAAAGCUUUAUAAUGGCUUAACUUAUUAUAAUAGAUUGCUCCUUAGGAACAUGAAAAAUUAUAUUAAAAUUUAGCUUUAAUAGAUUAAGAACCAUAAUAAAAAUAUGUUUUAUCAUUUUAAUCCAUGAUUACAUUAGGUUUUGCAUUAUCUAAUGAUAUCUUUGAUCAAUUUAAAAAAAAUGGAGAUAUAGAACUAUAAUAAUUAAAAUAACUAAAAAUAUCUGAAUUAACUUACUAAGAAAUUUUAAUUCAAGCAUAAACUAUUACUAAUAAUCUUAAUAAUUUAUAUGAAAACAAACAAAAUACAAUUAAAUUAUUCUGUAAAGAAAUUUUAGAGGCACAAAAGUAUCUUACUAAGUUUUUCUUGAAUUUAUAAAACAAACAUGAUUAAUUAAUUGAAAGAUAUUGGAGUUAGAUGCUAAUCUAUUUAGAAUUUUUGAUAUAAAUAUGUACAAUCAAUUUAGAAUUGUAAGAAUAAACAUAAUAAACUUUUAAUUUCCUUGAUGAAUUGGACACAUUGAUUAAUGAUACUUAAUCAUUGAAAGAAUAAAGAGAUUAAUCUCAAAAUAUGAUUUAUUUUAGAUAAUUAAUUUAAAGAAGAUUUAUGUUUGAUAAAUAAUUAAUCUCAUAAUUAUUACAAUGUUUAAAUAAUUUUGGAUUGCAUAAUUAAAACAAGUUAUUUAAUAUGUUAAUCAAAAAAACAUCAAAUGAUAAAUAAUCAUUAUUGGAGACAUUAUUAUAAUUAAAAAUUUAAACUAGUCAUUUAGAAUAAGAAGAAUCUUAACCAGUAUUUCUUGAAAACCUAAUAUAUCUUGUUGCCAUAGAUAGCAAAACAACUAAUGAUUUAAUUUUCUAAAUAAUGAAAUAAGUGAUGUUAAAUGAACAUAUAGAUUGGCAUGCACAAUAAUUAAAGAAUAUUGAUGAUCUAACAUAAUUACAAUUCCCAUAGAAAUUUAUAGAAUGUCCAUUACAAUAUUUGUUAUCGUUUCAUCCUGUAUUAGUUAACAAUCCUAUUAUCUAUAAUAUGAUAAUUGAACAAUAAGGUUUAUCAAUUACUGAUAAGUUCUCAGAAUUAAAUAGGAUUCACGUCCCAAAAUAAUCAUAACCUUUGCCAACAGGUAAAUUAACAAAAGAAUAAGAGAAAUUAUUGAAAGAUAAAGAAAAAGAAUAGUAAGCUCAACCAUAGACAGAAAUAGUAAUCAGAUAUGAAAUAGAAUAAUUAAUUGAACCAUAAUUGAAUGAAAAUUUCAUUUAUUUAGUCAAUAUUAUUGCAUAAAAAACAAUUGAUAGAUUUUUUGAAGAGAAUUAUAGAUUGAUAGAAUAAAUAUUUAAAGUUUAGUUGAAUCAAUAUAAAGAUGAUAAUAGAAUAUAUUUAUAUGGUUGGGAUCAAUUAUUAAGAAUAAUUGAAAUGCUCAUCAUUAAAAUCCCUUAAUUAAUAUUAUAUCUAAGAUAAUUAUAAGUGGAUCUACCACCACAAUUAAUAAAGGAGAAUAAAAAGACUACUUUUAUAGAAUUUGUAAUUAAGUAUUUGACAUGGGUUGGAGGAGAUAAAUUGGCUAACUUUAUGCACAAUUAUUUAAGCGAUAUUAAUUUAUUAUCUAUUGGAUAUGGAGUCACUAUUGCUUAAGAAGUUUUACAAUUAUUAUUGAAUGAAUUAUAAUUAGAUAUUAAUUAGGAUUAGAUGCUUUAGAAAUAUUAUCACAUUAUGCAAUUAUUGAUAUUAUUUGCUUAGACUUUAACUAUGCAGAAUUGUUGCAUGAUCUUAACUGACUAAAGAUCAUAAUUGAACAUUAUUCCUUAGUUGAUUAACACCUUGAAUACUGUUAAAAAUUGUGAAAAUAAAUAAUUUGUUAAAACAUACUAAUAAACUAUAGCUAAAGUUAUUGAACCUUUCUUACAAUCUUAAAUAUAUUAUGAUCAAAUUAAAUAUGGAAAGUAUGGGGAAAUAUUCAGAUUAUAAUAAAGCAUUACUGAUAAUCCUUUUAAAUAUCACUAUUUGCAUUGUCUAAAAAAUCAAUUGAUUUGUUAUUCUCUAUAUCCCAAUUUUAAGAGUGUUCCAGGAUCAGCAUAACAUUUUAUUUCUCAUUAAUAAGUUCAAUAAACUUUAAAAGAUGAACACUAAUAAGAAUUGAUAUGGCCACUUUAUCAAUCAAGAAAAAAUUACAAUAAUUAAAGGCAAAAUAAUUAAAAACAAUAAGAAGAAGAUGUGAGUGAUUCUGAUUCAGAUUAAGAUAUUCUUUUAGUAGAUAGUCAAAUCAAAUAUAAAGUAAAUUAUUCAAGUAUCAAUUCUUGGGGUUCUGAUUAUUAUUAUUAUGACAAUAAUGAUUUCAUGUCAAAAUACAGCAUGAAUAGAGAUGAAGAUAGAUUGCAACGAGAUAAUUAAUAAAAUAUAUUUCCUUAGAAAGAUCUCAAUAUCUUAUUUUGUAAAGUUGAUCCACAAAUUAUUAAUUUCACAUUACCUGCUUUAUCAAUUACAAAAUCAAAUAUUCAAUAUCAUUCCAAUGAUUAUAAAUAGUGGAUUACCUCUAUUGUUGGGUUGUAUUAUAGUUCAAAUGAAUAUUUUGAAAAUAAAAAAUCCUUGAUUUCAAAAUCAUAUGAAAAUCAACUUAAAAUCACUGUUGAAUUCAUUCAUUAGAUGAAUAGGCUAUUAUUAUCUUCAAAUUACUAUAGAAAUAAAUAAAAUGAUUAUAUGCAAUCAUAUUUAUCAUAUUAUUUGAAUGGUACAUUAAAUAACCUAUAAGUUUAAGCAAGUGCUUCUUGUUUCUAUUCAAAAUUUGGAUAGCCUCCAAAUUAAUUAUAAUAAGAUUAUCAAGCAAAUUCACUAUCUGUAAAUAUCAAUGAAUCAUAACAAUAAUAACAUAGAAUUUUAUGUUAAAUAUCAUGUAAUAUUCUAUAAAGCAGAGUAGUUUUAAAUGGUAUGCCAAAUGAUUUGCAAGAUUAAAAUUUACUUAAAGGAAAACUUUAAAGUUUAUUACACCCAGAAGAACACCUUAUAAUUCAACCAAUAAUCUUAUAAAUUCCAAAAAGAUAAUACGUUUAACCUGAUCCAUAGUAAUUAUUAAUUUAUGAUAAUGUGGUUCUUGAAAUGUUUAUAAAUCUUUUACUAGAUGUAAAUAAUUUUCCAUAAUUUCCUUUUAAUUUAUUUAGAUAAAUUAGUAAAUGUUCUCGACUAGGAUUUAAAUUAUUGAUUUAAUUAUUACUCUUAUAUUAAGAAUAAAAAAAUAACUUAGAUUUAACCUUAAAAAUCUUAUAUCUAGUAAGUCAAAAAAUACCUUCUACUAAUUUAAGAGAUUUGUUAUCUGAAUAAUUAUAAGUGAGUCCCAUUUUAAAUAAAAGAGAAAAGGCAAAUCUUGCCAAAGUUUAAAAAAUUAAGGAACAAUUUGUAAUUGAAGAAGAAGAAAAUUUAGAUGAAUAACCUUAAGAUGAGGAUCCAGAAAAUCCACUUGUCUUUUUGAUUAAUUAAAUUAAUAUAUAUUGUGAGAAAAACAUCUCAUUCAUGAAACUCUUUCAUAAUCCAGAAUCUUAUAUACCAUUAGAAAAAAGUAAAAUUAAUAUGAUAUUUUAGAUAUACUAUUGACUCCAUUAUUAGCCAACUAAACUGGAAUGCAUUUAUCUUACUUGAUUUAAAUUAUUAAAGGUUCAUUGAUGGUUGGAAGUGAAGAUACAAAAGAUAAGAAUAAAAAAAGCGAUGAUGAUUAUCUAUCAAAAAUAUAGAGAAGAUAAGCUACAAUCUUUACAAAUAGUAUCCAAGAGGAAACUAAUAAUAAAUUAUUUGAUCUUGUCUCUUAACUCAAUAAACAUGAAGAAGAUAUUCAUUUAUAAGAAAUGAUUUUUAAAACAUUUGCAGAGAGAUAUUCAGAAAAUUCAUAAGAUCAAUGGGAACCAUAAUCCUAUUACAGUAGAUUGCCUUUUUCAUUAAGAUAAAAUGAAUAAUUCUAGCAAUAAUUACUAUAAUAAUAGUAAUAGUAACAAUAGUAAUAAUAAUAAUAAUAAUAAUAAUAAUAAUAAUAAUAAUAAUAAUAAUAAUAAUAAUAAUAAUAAUAAUAAUAAUAAUAAUAAUAAUAAUAAUAAUAAUAAUAAUAAUAAUAACAAUAAUAGGAGUAAUAGUAAAGGCAUCUUUUAUAAAAUGCAAACUUAUUUUAAAAGCCAUUAUUUCCAUCAGCUAAAAAUGCAUUACCUCAAACACUCCCUACUCAAGUUUCUCCUCCAAUAACAUCUGUAUCAAUACUUUAAUAACAAAAUGAAUAAUUAUAAUAAUACUAAUAAUAAUAUCAAAAAAAUUUAUAAAACAUGCGAAAAUAGACAGCCUCUUAAGUUUAUUAUCAGUAACUUAGAUAAUUUUAUGAUUAGUAUGUUAAAAUUAAUGAUAAUUAAUAAGACAAUUUCUAGACUUAAUAAUAACAAAUUAAAUAAUUUUAUGACAAUAUUUAAUCAUAGAAAUAGUAUUAAUAGGAUAAACAAUAAUAAGAGUAAUAAUAGGAUUAGAUUAAUUAAUAAUCAAUAUCUCUUGAAUAAUAAAUAUAGUAAUAAUCAGAUUAAAGCUAAAAUAUAUCUGAAGAAUAGAAUGAAUAAGAUUAAAAAAUAUAAUAUAGAGAGAGAAAACUUAGUGCCAAGAUCUCCCAUGUUGAAAUAGAUAUUAUAACAGCAUUGUGCAAAAUUCUUAAUAACCCACAUCUAAGAGAUUGCAAUUCUACUGAAAUCAUUAAUAUAAUCAACACAUAUGCAAAUGAUAGAUUAAAAAUGGAACAUGCUAUUAAUGAAUUGACAAAAUAUAUAAUCUAACAAUCUAAAAUAUUCAAUUAUGAAUUAGAUAGAAAAAGAAAAUAACUUAGAGAAAUAGCAAGUUAACGAGAAAAAGUGCCUGAGCAUGAUCCUGAAAAAUAAUAAUAGUUAUCUCAUUAAGAGAAUGAAAUUAUUAAAGAACUUAAUUAGAAAACACCAGAUCCUAGCGGCAUUCAAAGAUGUUUUAUUGCUAUUAUAGGAUUUUUAAAUUUAAAUUUGAGUACUUCAGAUUAAUAAAAAUAAUCAACAAACAAGCCAAAUUCAACAUAAACUAGAUAAUAAAUUUAAUUAGAUAAAAAGAAAUUUAAAUUGCAUCAACAAGGAAAAUAAAUAGAUGAUAUACAAGAAGUUGAUACUUUAUCAAAAAAAGACAUUAGAAAAUAAUUCAUUAAUGUAUUAUAAACAAGAUAAACUCACCAUUUGUGGCUUAAUGUUGUAGAAACAUUAUUAUUGAUUUUCAAUUGUAAAGGUCAUAGAUCAUUAGAAUUAUUAUAGAAAAAACUAUAUCCUCUUUUAGAAUGUUUCCUAAGGCUUUAUUAAAAUGUACAUGAAGAUACAAAUAAUUAAGAUUCACUUUAAUAAGGAACUUCAGAUCCUAACUUUUUUGAACGUAAUACAAGUGGAUCGGCCACAAAUUCAUUAUAAUUUGGGUUAUUAUAAACAUAAAAUAUUCAUCUAAAACGAUCAUUUUCUGCUGUUAGAAAUGAAAAUGAAAUGUAAAUGAAAAUUGAUGAACUAUUCACUUAUCUUUGUAUUAAUGGUAAAAGACUCAUCAAUCAUUUGAUAUAACAAAGACUUCAUUAAGUUACAAUUGAUCAUAAAUAAAAUUAGAAUUCUAAUUAAAUCAAAUUAUUUAAAGAAACUGAUCCUUUAGCUUUUGUUUUCUUCAAAAUGAGUCAAAUAAUUUCAUUUGAAAAUAAAAAACAUUUAUUUGAAUUGGAUUUAGAAGCACUUAAAAUAAGUGACAGACCUAAUGCUCGAUCAAGAAGUAGAUAAAAUGAUACUAUUGAAAUUAAUGUUGUUAGAGAAACAAGACUAUAGUAAUCUUUAGAAAAAGUUAUUAAUAUUGAUAAGAUUAAGUUUAGAAAAUGUGAUAUAAAAAUUAGAUAUCAAGGAGAAAGAGGUUAAGAUGAAGGAGGGAUUAGAAAAGAGUGGAUGACUAAUCUUGUAAAAGAUAUCUUAUAAACAGAUAAAUUUGAAUUAACAACUAAGAGAUUCUACAAAAUUAAUCCUAAUAAAAAAGCAUAAGAGGAUUUGAAUCAUUAUAAACUUUUAGGUAAAAUUAUUGCUAAAAGCAUUUAUGAUGGAUUACUUUUGCCUGUAUAUUUCAUUUCUCCAAUUUUCAAGCAAAUGCUUUAGAAAAAACCUAGUUUUGAUGACCUUGAACACUAUAAUGAAGGAUAUUAUGAUACCUUCAUUAAAUUUUUAAAUGAAGAAACAUAAGUUCAAUAUAAAGAUUUAUUCGAAUUUUGGAUUCCUGAAGAAUAUGCAAAUCUGAUAGAAUAAAAUAAAAAGUUAAUCUUUUCUGAUAUUCUAUCAGAUUAUUUAGAAAAGAAUCCUAUUGAAUUAAAAUAAGAAUAAUUAAAUGAAUAAUAAUAAUAGAAUACUAAAUAGGAAGCCAAAUUAACUUAAGAAUAAGAUUAAACAAAACCAUAGAAAUAAGACCAACAGUAAGAAUAAUAAUAAUAAUAAGAAUUAUAAUAGUAAUAAUAAUAGUAAUAAUAAGAAUUAUAAUAAUAAUAGUAAUAAUAGUAAUAGUAAUAAUAAUAAUAAUAAUAAUAAUAAUAGUAAUAAUAGUAAUAGUAAUAAUAAUAAUAAUAAUAAUAAUAAUAAUAAUAAUAAUAAUAAUAAUAAUAAUAAUAAUAAUAAUAAUAAUAAGAAUAAGAAUAGUAAUAAUAAGAAUAAGAAUAGGAAUAGGAGAAAUAAUUGUAAGUAUUAUAAUAAUCUGAGUAAAAAUAUCAAGAAUAUUUAUAAAUAUUUGAAGAUAUAUAGAAAUAAUAAUUACUAAUAUAAUAAUAAUAAUAGCAAUUAUUAGAUUAAUAAAUUAUCAGAGAAACAGAAGACUUAUAGUUUUUUAAAGAUAACUUUCUUUAAUAGAAAUAUGAAGACAUUUAGUAACAUGAAUCAUAAUUAGAAAUAAAUUUAGAAUAAUUCGAAUAAUAAUAAUUAAUAUUAUAUCUAUAAUAACAGUAUGAUUAAUCAGUUGUAUCUUAAUAAAUUAUAAAAGAAUAGUAAAUAUCUCAAUAAAAAAUGGAGAUGUAAUAAAAUUAAGUAGAAUCUGAAGGGAUGGUUCCACUUUUAAAGGCAGAGCAAUAAAAAAGUGAUAAAGAAGAAAUAAAAAUAAAGAAACAAUCCGAAGAUAUUACAGCUGAAGACAUGGAAAAUAGGGAAAAGAAAAGACUUAUUAGAAAGAAUAAAAAAAAAUAAUUAAAUGAUGAAGUUUUGAAACACAUUAAAUUGUAAGAUGUUUUUGAAAAAUAAACUACUAAUGUAUCAGUUAAACAUAAAAGAUUAAUUUGUGAAUAUAUUAGCAAAAGAAUUAUGUUAGAAGAGAUUAAACCUUAGUUAUAAGCAUUAAGAGAAGGCUUUUUUGAUAUUUUAUAAAAAGAGUAUUUCUCUUAUAUGGAUUGGAGAGAUCUUUAGAAAUUAAUAAUAGGAGUUCCAUCUGUUGAUGGUAUUUUAUUUUAUUAUUUAUUUUUAGUUGAUGAUUUAUAAGCGAAUACAGAAUAUAUAAAUUAUGAAAAAAAUAAUUAAACAGUAUUAUGGUUUUGGGAAGUUUUAACAACAUUAAGCGAUUCUGAAAAGGCUGAUUUCUUAAUGUUUGCAACAGGAAGUCCUUUAGUUCCAUUUGGAGGAUUUAAAAAUUUAAGAGGUCCAAAUGGUCCAAGAAAGUUCUCUAUUUCAAAAGACUUCAAUAAAGAACAUUUUAUUAAGGCUCAUGCAUGGUAUAAUUUUUAAUUAUUGUUAGCUUUAAUCGUAUUGAUUUACCAGAAUACUCUUCUAAAGAAAUAGUAAGAGAGAAAUUACUAAAAUCUUUGAAAGAAUCUGGUUCAGGAUUUGAUUUAAGUUGA